UUUCAAGUUUUUGUUAUUAUUGAGAGAGGGGAAAGUCUCUCUCUCUCUCUCUUUUCGAAGUGCAAAUCAAACUCUCGUUUUCGAAAUUUCGAAAUCUAGAGAAGUGCUUAGAUUAUCAGUUCUUCUCUAAUGGAGAUUCUUUCGAGUCCGAUCAGCAUUUGUUCAAAGGAGAAUCAGAAGAUCUAUCAGGAAUGGUUUAACUUUGCCGACACAGAUGCCGAUGGCCGCAUUACGGGAAACGAUGCUACCAAGUUCUUCGCCAUGGCUAAUUUAUCUCGGCCAGCACUCAAGCAGGUGUGGGCAAUUGCGGAUUCCAAACGUCAAGGGUUCCUUGAUUUUAAUGACUUUGUUGUUUCAAUGCAGUUAAUUGCAUUAGCACAAGCAGGACAUGAAAUUACACAAGAUAUUCUUAGCAAAGAAGAUGACCCUGAGAAUAUAAAAACUCCUGUUAUGGAAGGGUUGGAUGUUUUACUAGCUAAAAGGCGUUCACCCAAAAAGACAGAUCUUGAAGUGAAUGGCUUUACUAAUGCAGUAGCCAUUCCACCCCAAUCAGCACCAACAGCUCAUUGGUUUAGUUCAAAAUCUUCGAAAAAGAUACCUUUAAGCACUGUUACAUCAAUAAUUGAUGGCUUGAAGCGGUCGUAUGUUGAAAAGCUGAAGCCGCUAGAGGUUACAUAUCGGUUUAAUGAUUUUGUAUCUCCUCUACUGACAAAUAGUGAUUUUGAUGCUAAGCCCAUGGUCAUGCUUUUGGGUCAAUAUUCCACUGGGAAAACCACAUUCAUUAAGCAUUUGCUCAAAGGUAGCUAUCCAGGAGCUCACAUUGGACCCGAGCCCACAACCGACAGAUUUGUUGUUGUUAUGUCGGGACCUGAUGAGAGAAGCAUUCCGGGUAACACUAUUGCUGUUCAAGCAGACAUGCCAUUUAGUGGUCUCACAACAUUUGGGACAGCAUUCUUAUCAAAAUUUCAGUGUUCCCAAAUGCCACAUCCACUGCUAGAUCACAUUACAUUUGUGGAUACUCCUGGAGUUCUGUCUGGAGAAAAGCAACGAACACAACGCAGCUAUGAUUUUACUGGUGUUACAUCAUGGUUUGCAGCGAAGUGUGAUCUCAUUCUUCUUUUAUUUGAUCCUCAUAAACUUGACAUCAGUGAUGAGUUCAAGCGUGUGAUUGGAUCUCUACGUGGUCAUGAUGACAAGAUACGUGUGGUCCUAAACAAGUCAGAUCAAGUUGAUACUCAGCAACUGAUGAGAGUUUAUGGAGCAUUGAUGUGGUCACUUGGUAAAGUUUUGAAUACUCCUGAGGUCAUGCGUGUUUAUAUAGGCUCAUUCAAUGACAAACCAAUUAAUGAAGCAGCUGCUGGUCCAAUUGGUAAAGAACUUUUUGAGAAAGAACAGGAUGACCUUCUCUUGGACUUGAAAGAUAUUCCAAAGAAGGCUUGCGAUCGCCGGAUCAAUGAAUUUGUAAAACGUGCAAGAGCUGCUAAGAUUCAUGCCUACAUAAUUAGCCAUCUUAAAAAGGAAAUGCCUGCAAUAAUGGGCAAAGCCAAGGCCCAACAGCGUCUAAUCGAUAAUCUUGAAGAUGAAUUUGGAAAGGUGCAAAGGGAGUUUCAUCUUCCAGCUGGAGAUUUUCCAAAUGUUGAGCACUUUAGAGAGGUCUUGAGUGGUUAUAGCAUUGAUAAGUUUGAGAAAUUGAAGCCUAAGAUGAUACAGGACGUUGAUGAUAUGCUGGGUUAUGAUAUUCCAGACCUCCUCAAAAACUUUAGAAACCCCUAUGACUAAGAAAAUUUUGUUGACAGAUAGAAACAGAUUAGAGGAAUGAAAAAUGGAAGAAAAGCUGCACUGGUGUGCCAUAUUAGCCUUUCAUAGCCAAUCUUGUCCUGUAUUUGAAAUUUUUUGCUUUGUCCAUGUGUUUCUCUGACCAUAUCUUGAGGACCUGGUUGGAUAUCCAAUGUUGGGUUGGAGAGUUUGUAUGUUCUAGUGGAAGUAGCAAAGAAUUGUUUAGUCUCAUAGAUGAUGCUUGUAGUUGCCUUCUAUGAGUUUCCAGUGGAGUGGUCCUGUCAAUCAUUUAUAUCUUCAAUAAAAUUAUUUAAUUAUAA